AGAGCUGUCUAGUGUCUCAACCCUCCCCAUCUAGUGUCUUAAAUCUCCUUGCUGUUACACCUGCUGGAGCGGACUCUGUUGGUACCUGCCUCCUCUGUUUCUUCUUCCCAUGUGAACACAGAGGUUGCAGGAGCUGUUCCCGUCACUGAGGAGGGCAGAGCAGGAACGUGGAGCAGCCUGGUGCCUUGGGGACAAUGCUGAGCCCCUACAGUGGCUCCGCACCGCCCAGUCUAUGGGACAAUGACAACAUCGCCUGCCCACGGGUGUUUGCUGAGAGCCAGGCACCUGGUCUGAGUUUUCUUAUCGCCCUGAUCACAAAAGCACACGUCUUCUUAAACUACAGACAUCUCGGAUCGGGCACCUGUUGCACACCUCCUCGGAUCCUUGUGGCCACACUUGUCUUCUACUCUGGUCACCAUGGUGGUUUGGGACACGGCGGACGACCGUCGGCAUCCUCGCCAACGCUACCUGGAAGUGCUGGGGAGUUAAUGCCUCAUGGAAUAUUCUCUGACCAACGGAGGAUACAAACGGAUGGAUACACGCUACCUGCUUUCUCGCACCAUGUUGGCAGUCCUGAGGUGCGUGUCACAUGGGCCUCUCAUGUGCUUUGUGGGGUCAACCAACUCAGUAAGAGAACCUCUCAUUGCUUCACUCUCCUUCACUGCUGCUUCUGGGGAUCACAAUCCCCAGCAAAGUAUUUGCAAGGUAGGUAUCUUUCUCUUGUCGUCCUCUCUGGGGAAACCAGACUAAGACACAUUCUUUGUUCUUUCCCGAUUCCAAAAUAUUCUUCCUCCUCUGAGCUAAAAACUAACCCUUCCCAUUUCCUGAGACAGUUUUCUUCUAUAAUGAUAUCCUCCCCUCCUCCAGUAAGUAAAAUCUUGACAGUUUUAAGGGAUGUAUCCUGAGAGUUUCAAAAAAGCCUACUUUUUGAGUACCUCUCUUAGAUAUAAUUACCUCCAUAAAAUAGAGUACCUGAAACAUCAAAGUGAUGUCUUGAGACUCUUAAAUGGUUUUAUGAAGUGCUAAAGCAAUUUUUCAUAGUACAUCACCUGCAUAGCAACAUUAUCCAUGAGCUUGCCCGGAUCUACAAAGACGUAGAGUUCCUACCAUUUCAUGAGAGUUCAAGCAUAUACAGAGAUGGGUAGAGAAUCACAAUGGCGCGGUAUGAUACCAACGUUGGGCAGCUGGCCGGUGUUGCUCUCCAAAUAACUGACCAUUCACGUACAGCCGUUUCAUGACAGACACGAGUACAACGUGUGCCUUGGCAGAAUUGAAAAAUUACUACCUACCUUGGACUGUGGGGGUCAACGGCAAAUGGUAAGGAUCGUGAACACGGAGGCCACAAAUGCCAGAGAUCUACUUUCUAACUCUAAAUCUCUACUAUCUGGACUUUGAACUUCAGAGGUGCACAACCUCCUCCCCCUGAAAAAGCAGACCUUCACCCGACUUUAUAGUGCCCCUAAGCUACUAUUGUAUUGUCAACUAGAUCCAUGGAAACUUCACUCUCCAGGAACUCCCUUGACUUUCUUUUCAAAUCUGGUGACUCUUUGUAAGCCUUCAUAUACUUAACCCUCUGUGUGGUUCUUGACUAUUAGCCAACACUUCCUUGGUCCUCUAUUGUCCUCCAUGAUUCUGUGAUUUUUCUCUGGUGUUCACUUAUUGAUGACAUCACCUCUUUCUCUCAUCUCUUAUGGAAAUUCUUUCUCUUUCCUUUGAGCGCUACCUGAAGCUCAUUCCUUGUUUCUGAUCUUCCUUCACAUUUCUUCUUUACGAAUCCCAAUCCCUAUCCUAAGGUUACCUCCACUUGGAGAACAAAUUCAAUGCGGCGUAACUUAACUCAACAUAGGAGGGCUGUCUUCUUGAUACUUGGUAGCCCAUCCUCGGCAAGGAUGCCUCCAGGAAAGAAGGUUUUACCUUUUCACAUGGCAGCUUUUUUUCAUUUCUGGAGCCCUCUGAUGUGUAAAGUGGUUCAUUACAUAUGGCUGAAUCGGUCUCCUGGUAAUUUUGAGACAUUGAUUGUUAUUCUGUCCCCCAAAGUCACAUUGAAAAAAAACCUUCCCUCUUCUUGACAGCCCUUAACAAUACCCUGUUGUCUUCUACUAAGCUUUUCUUAAUCCCUCAGACUCCAAAUCCCAGAAAGACUUUUGAUUCUUCCUUCUCCUUUAGCCCAUACAGCAAACUAUAAAAAGUAAAAAGUACUUUAAAACGUACAGAAAGAAAACCUGUAAACAGUCUUCAAGUAUGGCAAGUCUUGUUUUGAAAUUUCUUUGCAGAAACAGCAUAUUUCAAGGUGAAAGAACUAAAUAUUUUGAACAUCAUUUACCUCAAAUUAAUUUAUAAAGGCAAUGCAAUAAUGAUAAAAAUUCCCAAUAUUUUUUUUCAAAAGAGUCAGCGCGCGUAUUCUGAAGAUUCAACUGAUAUCAAUAAAAAAUAAACAAAAAAAAUUCCAAAAGUGUAGAACUAUAUGGAGAGAUUAGCCAUAUGAGUCAGCAAAACCAAGU